UAGUAUCCUAACAAAAAUAAAAAAUAAACAUAAAAUUCAAUAAAAUUUGUGAAAAGAUGGGUUUCAAAAGCUCUUCGCUUCUCUGCUUGGCUAUUCUCCUUGCAGUUUCAUCUUCCAUUCAUGCAUUGGACAUUGCAAAAUUGUUAAAUAAAAGUCCUGAAUUUGCAUCCUUCACUAAAGCCCUAACCGAAACCAAGCUUAUUGAUCAAAUAAACUCUCGCAACACCAUCACCAUCCUCGCCCUCAACGACGGUGCUAUGGGCGGUAUCUCUGGGAAAUCUCCACAAGCUAUCAAGGCCAUCCUUAGCACUCAUGUGAUCCUUGACUAUUUCGAUGAGAAGAAGCUCAUGGAAGCUCAAGGCAGCGGUCAACUCUUGACCACCCUUUACCAAGCCUCAGGCCUCGCCCAAAACCAACAAGGGUUCAUUAAGGUUGCCCUCAUCGGUGAGGGCGAGAUCGCCUUUGGCUCCGCUGUUCAGGGUUCUCCCAUUGAUGUUGAGCUCGUGAAAAGCGUUGUCUCCGAACCUUAUAACGUUUCCAUACUCCAAGUCACCAAACCUAUCACAUUCCCAGUAGGUGAUGCACAAGCCCCAGCCGCGCCAGCUAAUGCCAAGGCCCCAGCCGCGUCAGCUAAUGCCAAGGCCCCAGCAGUAAGUGCUAAGGCUCCCGUGGCAUCAGCAGAAACUCCUGUGCCGGCCAAUGGAUCUAAAGCCCCAGCACCGGCACAAGAUGCCACGGCUGAUGCUCCCAUAACUGGAGCCGGGACUCCUACUUCUGCGGAAGCAAUUGCUCCUACACCUUCUGACGCAACAGUAGCUGACUCCCCAGCUGCAGGUCCAACCGCCGCUGACGUAUCAAGCCCAUCUUUGGCUCCUGGCCCAGCAGAUGGUGAGGCUGCCGCAGAUACUAAAGCUCCCAGCAGCUCUUCAAGAACCGUGGUAGGUUUGGUUGGAGCAGUGAUGUGCUUCGUUUCUAUGGUGGUUGUUAUGUAGAGAGAUAUGCAGGAAAAAGAGUUCAAGAGACUAUAUAUUUUAAGUAUAAUAUAUGAAAAGAAAGGCUAGUCAUUUGAAUCAUGAAAGCACAAACUAUAAGGGUUUCUUGUUAUUGGAAUUAUUUGACAAUUACAUCAAAGUCUAGUGUGUUUUUGUCUUUUGAUAUUUUAAUGGAAAAAAAUAUAUGAUAUGUUCAUAUAUUUUGAUUAAGGAUGCUU